GAUCGCUCGAGAUCUCCGUUUAUGGGCCGCCAACUGCUAAGCGGGGCCUGGCCAUUUUCAGACGCCAUCUUACAGCGCUGUCGAGUCUUUAGUUCAACCCUCACCGGCUCCCCCCUCUUCAGCUGUACGAACCAGCGACAAUUUUCCCCGUUGUCUCGAUCCUCCGAACGCGGGCGUCUUUCGACCAGGAACGCAGCUCUUCUGCGCGCGCAGGUGCACAAGGUUCAUAGAUCGUUUGCAACCAUGACUUCCGCUGAGGGGCAGCUGCCCGUCUCCGUUGAGUCGCUCUCAUUGCACUCGACCACGGAGAAGUCCAAAUUCCCGGACUGCUUCCCGUCGCUGAACCCUGUCGAUGUCUAUCGGGCUCACAUUGCGGAGAAGUUGGGAGAGGUGACGGGCAUUGAGCCCGAGAAGAUCUACCCCAGGUUGCAGUGGACAAACACUCUGGACAAGGGUGACCUUGUUCUUCCGGUUCCUUCUCUCCAGAUCAAGGGAAAGAAGCCGCAAGAACUAUGUGAAGAGUUCGCCAAAAAGUUUCCUCCCUCCGAUCUCGUCCAUCCCCCGACCCCCGUCGCUACACACCUGCAGUUUUUCUUCAAGCCCCAACCCUUGACCAGCAAUGUCCUGAGCUCUAUUCUGAAGAACAAGGCCACCUACGGUACGAACGGCAACCAGGGUCUGCGGGACCCGUCUGAUGCCUCCAAGGGAAGGAAGAAAAUCAUCAUCGAGUUCUCCUCUCCCAACAUUGCUAAGCCUUUCCACGCUGGCCAUCUCCGAAGUACCAUUAUCGGAGGUUUCCUGGCCAACCUGUUCACCGUUACUGGUUGGGACGUCAUCAAGAUGAACUACCUGGGUGACUGGGGAAAGCAGUACGGUCUUUUGGCCAACGGAUUCAAGCGAUACGGCAACGAGGAGGCUCUGCAGAGGGAUCCUAUCAACCACCUGUUCGAUGUUUACGUGAAGGUCAACCAGGAUGUCGCCAAGGAGGAAGGUCCUAUCAAGGAGCUGAAGGAGCAGAUCAAGACCAAGAAGGAGAAGGGUGAGGAUGUCUCAGAGCUGGAGAAACAACUCCAGGAGCUCGUCGACAACAGCGAGGACGAGAAAGCGCGUCGAUACUUCAAGAGCAUGGAGGAUGGUGACGAGGCUGCCCUCGCGCUGUGGAAGCGAUUCCGUGAUCUGAGUAUCCAGAAGUACAAGCAGACGUAUGCUCGUCUAAACAUCGACUUUGACGUCUAUUCCGGUGAAUCUCAGAUCAAGGGUGAGACCAUGGAACGCGCGUAUAAGACGAUGGAGCAGGCUGGUGUUUCUGAGCAAUCCGAGGGUGCUGUGAUUGUUGACUUUGCCAAACACGGUGCCAAGAAGCUUGGAAAGGCUAUCAUUGUUCGAAAGGACGGCACUCCUCUUUACUUGACCCGUGAUAUUGGCGCCAUCCUUGAGCGUGACGAGGAGUACCACUUCGAUAAGAUGAUCUACGUUGUUGCUGCUCAGCAGGAUCUUCACCUUGCUCAGCUCUUCAAGGUCACAGAGCUGAUGGGCCGUAAGGACCUUGCCAGCCGCUGCCAGCACAUCAACUUCGGUAUGGUCCGUGGUAUGAGCACCCGAAAGGGAACCGUCAAGUUCUUGGAUGACAUCCUGAAGGAUGUUGGCGAGUUCAUGCAUGAAGUCAUGAAGAAGAACGAAGUCAAGUACGCUCAGGUUGAGGAUCCCGAGAAGACUGCUGAUACCUUGGGUAUCACCGCUGUUAUGGUGCAAGAUAUGAGGGGCAAGCGUAUCAACGGAUAUGACUUCGACCUGGCUGCCAUGACCUCGUUCGAAGGUGACACCGGUCCCUACCUCCAGUAUGCCCACGCUCGUCUCUGCUCGAUUGUUCGCAAGUCGGAAAUCACCCAUGAAGAGAUGGAAUCUGCCAACAUGGAACUCCUUACGGAGACUCACGCGACGGACUUGGUCCGUCUGUUGUCCCAAUGGCCUGACGUGGUACUCAACACGGCCAAGACUCUCGAGCCUACCACCGUUCUGACCUACCUGUUCCGCAUGACGCACGCUCUGAGCUCGAGCUAUGACGUCCUCAAGGUCAUUGGCAGUGAGCCCGAGGUGAAGAAGGCGCGUAUGGCUCUUUACGAAUCUGCCAGGCAGGUCCUGCACAAUGCCAUGAGACUGCUUGGUCUCAACCCCGUGGAUCGUAUGUAAUCCCGUUUCGGGAAACGGAAACAUCUUAUAUUAUCGGAAAGAACCGAUAAGUAUCCCUACCGCGCCGAUGAGACCUUAUCUAGAUAUAAAAGGCACAAAAUAAAAUAUUUACCGUUACGUGGAAAUGGAUUAGUAGUUUCUUCGCUUACCUUCCGCGAGUCUUAUAUUACCAGCCUUAACCCUUGCGCCCCGCUGUCUGCUCCUCUGGGAAUCAGUCGCAAUGAAAGUAUACCAAUUUAGUCACCACCUCACCUAGCUUUACCAGUAAGUGGUGGGCAUGAAACUCUGAGUCAGCUCUGUAAUCGUCUCGGAAUUCAAUAUUGAUUGAGCAGAAUCCAAACUGCUCCCUCUGCACAGCAAGCUCAUAUUGCAACAAGAGCGCUGUUCCCAUUCGUACCCAUUGAAUCAACGAGAAUCGCGGUUGGAGUGCUAUGAACCUUCUCCUUUCAAAACAUAUGACAAGCUCCC